AUGGAGCAAUUGGGACGUGAGGAGCAAGGAAGGACAUUGGUGCAUGGACUCAGCUUGACCGCGCAUGCUUGGAUGAAGAAGGAAGCCGUCUUGAAGCCAGCUCGACCCAUCUACUCGACCAACCGGUCGAGUUCCAACUCGACCGGCCAAGCCAACUCGAUCGAGCUGCGGAGUCAAUGGUCCACUAAGAGCUCCAAUAUGCUUGCUCUCGAAAUGGAGUUUAUAGGUGUUGGAUGGGUUAGUUUGAGCAAUGAUCCUACUGCCUCUAAGGCUUGA